ACUUAAAGUUUCUUCGGUUGGGAAGAGGGGGUGGAUCCGCGAACUCCAUGUUUUUUUUGAUCAAGCUUUUAAGCUUUAAGUUAAGAAGUUUGGCAAUUCUCUCUCGUCUCAUUUCAAUAUUUAUAUAUGCAUAUAUAUAUAUAUAUUAUUUUUUUAAAUAUCCAGACAAGUUUUUAGCUAAGCUGUAUUUCGCUCCGUCGUUUUAAAUUUGGCUUGUGGAUUCAGACUGCUUGAGUGUUCAGCUUUUAAACUUCUGUAUAUAGACUGUAGUGCGAAUAGUUGAUUUGAAACGGUUAAGAGAGCCGAACAAUGUCAGACAGCACAGAACCUAACAAUUCAGGGAGCCCUAAGGAGAGAUUCAUCAGGUACUCGCGGUCCAGAAAAGGAGGUAUUCUACUCGCAGAAACUGUCAUCAGCCUGGUGGUUCUCAUCUGCUACGCAGCCUCGAUAUACUCUGGCUAUGUAACUGUGGCCAUCUGUGAGAUGGUGUUCGCCGGCAUCUUCUUCUUUGUCUUUAUGAUGGAUUGGGACAAGCAGUUUCCAUUUGUCAGCUGGGUCUGGAGCGACUUCUUUAGAGUUGUGGUCGGUGCUGUCCUCUACCUCAUUACCUCUCUCAUCUGUGUGAUCAGUGGAUCGAAAGAUGCGGCCCUUUUAGCUGGUGGGGUGUUCGGUUUGCUGGCUACUGUCUUAUUUGCAUAUGAUAGUUACCUCUCCUUCACGGCCCUUAAGGACAGACGUCAGCAGGUCCCAGCUACCACGGUGGCAUAAAUAAAACACCCAUUUGAAAAAACAACAUGGACAAAGCAAAAGAUGGCAAGACCACAGCUGAGGAUGGACACAAAAUGGGCAAAAAGUGGUGCUUAGAAUAGUAUAUAGUAGUAGUUAGCAGAAUGGAAUGGAAUGGUUAAAAUGAUCCAUAACCUGGAGGCAAUCAUGCCACAUUUUCAGAGAGAUGCUCCAUGUAUAUUUAAAUGUUUGAACAAUGUAUGUAUUCACUAGCCUGAAGGCUGCUUCCUGCUGUUGUAGUUUAUAGAAACCUUGUCUCAGUCCCUUUGUUUUAUAUCCAGGCGUAUUAUGUACAGGAUAAUGUAUGACAGGCUCUUAAGGUAUAGAACCACAGUGUUUAUAAAAACAUAUAAUGCACAGCUUGGAGUUCAUUAACCCUCUUAUACCACGGUCACAACACAUUUGGUUUAACAUUGGACAUUAUUUUCACAGUUACGACUUGAAAACACAAUUAAUACAAAUACUAUAGAAAUAUUUUCUUGCUCCAAAGAUAAAACAUUUCCAUAUAUUUUCUUGUAAUUUGAAAUGUGCCCUACAUCUGGAAUUUAAGUAACAUUAAUUAGAAUUUAGGAUUAUAAUUUACUUAGUGCCUGCCAGGCAAAUUACAUAUGUGUACAGUUGUAGAAAAUUAAACACCAUUCUAACCAAUCAGGUUCGAUAAUUCAACAAUGCCGUGGUAUAAGUUUUGUUAUUCUGACUCCUGUGCAUAAAAACAUAUAUUUUGACCAUUUUACAUUCAGUUUGUUUUGAGAAAGGAUACAAAAUAUUAUACUUUAAAAGGUGUCUCUUUUUACUCUACAUUUUUACAGCAACGUACACUGUCAGUGGUCUUUUUUAUGCGCAAAAGAAGAGAGAUUUACGUGUUUUCAAGAACCUUGUUCAUGUGUUUUUGAAUUUUUUUUAUUUUUUUUGGUUUAAAGAUAUUUAUGAUUCACAUAGAAUACGUUCAAAUUACUGUAGUCUGGAUAAUAACAUGCUUUUGAAAUCCA